ACCAGUAAAUGUUUUGAUAUGCACCACGUACUUUAUGCCUGCUAUCUGUGCAUCCUAUCUUAUGAAAGGCAGUUAUGUUGAAUACUGCAUUUAACAUGAGAACUUUGGACUUUUUGUUUUGCAGUGCAUGAAUGCAUUUGGUCAGAUGAGGAAUUAUGCUAUGGACCAUCAUCUUAAUUUGAAAGGCACAGAUGAAGAGGGCUAGCAUGUCUCGUCCUGUAUGGAGCUCAGUUCAGAUGUCCUGUUCACUCUGGCUCCUACUUCUGUCCUCUUCUAUAAGGUUUAUUAAUCCAGCCGUGUCUGAAUUAGUAUUUUCAGUGUUACCUGAAGAUGGAGUUGGGAUUGUAAAUAUGUCUCUGAUGCUGCACUGCACAGUGCUUGACUCUGGCCUGAGGGAUCCUCUGUCAGUGAAAUGGGAGAGAGACAAUGGAAGUCUGGACAGAAGGGUUCAUCAAUUGGCCAAUGGAACACUUUUCUUUCCCCUCUUAAAAGAGGAAGACUUUGGAAAUUAUUCCUGUAGUGCAAAAAGAGGCAACAAAAAGAUUCAAACCACUGUCAUGGUCAGCAAAGCAUGCCUGGAGGAUGUGUUCUUUCACCCUCAGUCCAUGAGAACUGAAGUGGGACAUGAUGUUUUCCUUCAGUGUGUCUCUGGUGAUAGUUCUCCCCCCGCUCAGAUUUCAUGGUUAAAAAACGGCAGAAUUCUCACCAAAGGAAACCAGAUUCAGGGACAGUAUGGAGGAGGGAGUCAAAGGAAGACUUCUGGCACUUUGCACAUGACUAACAUCACCAAAGCAGACCAAGGAGUCUAUAUUUGCGUCACCCACAAUCCCCUGCUGAAUAUAAGCAAAGCAAGUCAAGCAGCAACUCUGACAGUGCAUGAAUCCAAUGAAGAUGUAAAGAUUAUUGAAGGCCCCCAAAAUAUCACUGUACCUGUUGAAAUGGAAAGUGCAAUGCACUGCUUUGUUGAAGGCUUCCCCAUUCCCACAGUUCAGUGGUUUAAGGAUGGAAAUUCCUUACCCAAUUCUUCUAGAUGGGAUCUGCAAAAGGACGGACAACUGCUGAUUUUUCAGAGAGUUUUGUCAGAAGAUGAGGGCCUGUAUUUCUGUGAAGCUCGCAAUGAGAGGCAGAAAGUGAUAUCUGAACCAGCAUACCUCCUUCCUGCAGUUAUGGAUUGGAGCUUUGUUCUUGAACCUGCCAACCUUACAGCAAGGAAGGGUGAAGCUGCGACUCUUUCCUGUAGGCCUCCUCACAGCAGACCCCAGGCUCAAGUGUCCUGGUUUAAGAACAACAGACUCCUCCGGACUGGACUGCAUUAUACAUUUGAUUAUAAUGGAGACCUGGUCUUCCACAGUGUACAAGAGACAGACAGUGGAUUGUAUUUCUGCACAGCUUCUAAUUCACAUCUCAAAAGAGCUAUAACGUCAAAAACAAUCUUCCUGGAUGUUCUUGAACCUCCAUCCGUGACUAUCUGGCCAACUGUGGUGACGUCUCCUGUUGGUGCUAAAGUGACGAUUGACUGCCAGGUGUUAGGACACCCUGCUCCUUUUAUCAGGUGGUCAAAGCAGGGCCGGUCUGUCCAAACUGGAGGCAAAAUUAUAAUGGGGUUAAGAAACACAACUCUCUACAUUUCAUCAGUGAGAACGUAUGAUGAAGGACAUUACACAUGCACAGCCUCCAACACACUGGGUCAUGAUCAGAAAACUAUGACUCUUCGGGUUGCUGUGAAACCAGUCAUUGUUUCCUUCGUUGCAUCGCUCACCGUCUCAGAGGGAUCAGCUGUUAGUCUCCCUUGUCGAGCUGUUGGAGAAUUUCCUGUCAAGUACACUUGGAUUAGAACUGCAUCGAUACAAAAUUCACCAAAACUGUCUGGUUCAAACUCUCUGGUCUCACUCCCACAACAGAUACACAUUGAUGAUAAUGGGACAUUAGUAAUCUCCAACAUCCAUCGGUCUGAUGCAGGGGCGUAUCAGUGCACUGCAGAAAACAGAGUCGGUCAGGAUGUGAGAAGUGUCAUCAUAACUGUAACUGCUGACUCUGAUGCCCCAGCUGAUAAGGAAGCACAGAGUGAAACGAUUAUGCCCCCUGUUCCAGAGAGUGAGCAAGAGCUAUUUACUAAUUCCCUUCCUUACGGUUAUGGCUCCUUUCCUCUGAGUAAAAGAGAGAUAAAUGAAAACCUUCAACAAACAACUGAAGAUUACACAAAGAUUUCCCUGUUAUAUGCUUUUGUGGAGGACUCACCAACAUACCUGAAUUUUGAAUCUACCCCAGACACUACAGAGUUUAUUUCACUGAAGCCAAGUGGCAUUAGCACAGGACUUAAUAAGAAAAACAAACAACCCAUUCAAACACAAAAACCAACCCCUGUGCCUAUCAAUCCUACACCAUUUCCCCCACUCAAAGAUACUUUUUUACAGGAUGCACGUCAACAUAUCCAAAUAACAGAGCAGGUCACAAAACCUCCAGUAACAAAACCAAACACAAACACCCCUUUCCCAGCAGACCUAUAUUCCCAUACCCAGCUUACAAAAAAUCGGAGUGUUUCCGUGAAUAGUGCCCAGUCCUUUAGUGGACAAACUCAGACUACAGGUUUAACUUUAGUGGAAGAAGAGAAUUUCACUGCCUCGGCACCUGUUGAGCAGCAUCAGAAUCAGAGUCAAAUCAUCAAGCAGUCUGGAAGAACCAAGUCACCAGUGACGAAUGACACAGAACCUGUUGAGUCACUGAAGAAAAACACCUCACAAGCCCCUAGGAGGACCAAUGACAAUAAGAACAGGGAAAAGGAGAAAUCUCACUCUUGGCUGCCUGUGAUUGAGAAGCAUGAUAUUCCUAUUGUGGUUGGAGUUGGUGUUUCGUUGGCAUUCAUCUUCAUUGCCAUGACCUUUUACUCUCUGGUUCAGAAAAAUGAUCCUGCAGCUCUACCGACAGGGAGGGCAGCUCUGAGGGGAAUAUGUGGGCCUUGCAGGCAUGGGGAACAUGUUGCAAUGGAAACAACAUAUGAUAACAAGGCAUUUGAAGAUGAUAAUUUGAUGGCUGUUAUUGAGCAAAGCCCCAACACAUCGGAGACGAGAGCGCUCCCAACAGAAGCCAGCCCAUCCAUCUUGAUGAUGGAGCCACCGUCUGAUGAUGUGCAAGAGUGUGUCCAGUCCACCCAGGGCCUGCCAGUGAUUGUGGAGACUCACCCAGAGCCCAGACAAGAGGAUCAGCUGGAGACUAUAUUUGAGGAGGGGAAGGUCACUCCCUCACCACAUUCUGACAUUCAGCUGCAGUGCAUGGAGGACUGGAGGAGCAGAGAAUUUGACCCAGGUCAGGACGCCCCCUCACCUCCUCCAGCCCAUCCAACACCUGUCCAGGGGGAGAGCCUGCGCUCGUCCCUGACUCUCCAGACCAGCGAUCCCUCCUCAACUCCUGUACGCCACAGCAUCAAUAUUUCCCACGGUUUCUCUCCCCUCAUGCUGUCCCAUUGUGUGUCCCUGGGCAUGACCACUGUGGCUGUGGAUGUGCACUUCUACCCUUCAGGUCCCUCGGCAGCCAGUCAUCCUCCGUGCCCUGUCUUUGGACCUCCAGGCCAGCAGGUGAACACCAGGCUGGAGCACGAUCUGUCUGCACCCUCUGCUAGCCACAGUAAAUAACAAGAGAGUGUGACAAACCUUGAAGUCAUGAGAAAGUUCUGUUAAAUCGCUUACUUCAGGCAGUUAGGAUAAAAAUGGUGCUGAUGCUUUAUUCUCCCUCUAAUUUUUUUUUUAAAUGAUUGUCAUAUUUCGUAUGUCAGUUUAAUGAAAGGUAGCAUGAGCUCUCAUGGAUCCAUGCAUUAAAAUGGCUGCAUCUGAAUUAACUACUUUCACAGCAUGUACUGGAUUUGAUUAGAAAUUAUUUUGCAUGCCAAAUCUGCCAUAUUGCCAGACAGAAGAAAAAAAAGACUUAUAAUCAUAUAUAAUGUCUCACACAAGAAAGUCUGGUUAUGUCCUUUUACUGUCUUUAACCAUAAAUUAUAUGGCAUUUCAUAUUUACGAAAACCAUAUAAUUAUUUUACAUUAUUUUACAGUAAAAUUGCAUAUAAUGCAAUGUUAAAUCAUUGGUAAGGCAUCUUACAGUUAACCCGUUAACAGGUUUUUAGUAUAGCACUUUUUUGGUGUGGCAUUAGGAAAGGUCAAUAUGACUAAAAAUGUUUAAAGAUUUUUCAGUCUUUUGACAAAAUUUGAUAUAAAUAUUUAUGAGUUAGCUUUAAAAGAAAAAGUGUAUUUUCUUAUUAUUAUUGAAAUGAUAAUAUAUAUAUAUAUAUUUUUUUUUCAAAUCAAAGGAACACUUUUUUUUCCAAACAGCUAUUUUUCCCAAUUUGAUUAAAAUUGUUUAAGUAUAGUUUGAAUAAUGGAAUCAUUUAAUAUUUCAUAUUUAAUAUAUCCACCAAUAUAUAGAAACAGCAACACAGUAUUUAACUUAAUACAUUUUUAGAAAGAAAUUUUAACGUGAAAAAUGUCAUGCAUUCAUUUACAUGUAUUGAUGCCAACCUUGAAAUCUUAAAGAGCCCCAGCUUGAGUUUUUGUGUUCCGUAUGACUACAACUUUAAUAAUACUGCACAGAAGGCAAGGAUGCAUAUUCAGAUGCAGGGAACAAUCGCAGGUAAUAAGUCUUUUCUCUAAUGCCAAGGAAUUUAUAAUACUGCAAGUAUUUAUGAGUAAUUACAUGUAUAUAUUAAUGUAUUUCUGAAAUAAGAAAUGACUUCUACAAACCUAGCCAUAACAUUAUGUAAAAUAUUGUUGAAAAAGGUAUCCACAGUAAUUGAGAGUAAAUGCAAUGGGAUAAUAGAACUUAAAGUUGUAAAAAGGUUUUUAUUUGUGCAACAUCUCGACUGUUACUUCCGCUUGUGCCAAAGGUUAAACCACCUUACCAUUAGUUAUUUCUGUGACUUGUAUUGUUGAAAAUUAAUCUUAAGAUAUUGGGAGUAUUGUACUUCAUGGGCAACCAACUGUUGUAUUUUGCUUUUACAUAGAAGUAAAAGUUACCAAUUAAUACAAUUAAUAAAA